AUGUCUUGCGUUCUUGGUACAGAGAUCAUCUUGCAAUUGAAUAUGUCAAAUGAAGUCGAAUGGAAACCAUUGAACGUAAUUGUACUAGGAGGUGGUAUUGGGGGUUUGGCUUGUGCGGUUGCGAUGAGAAGAGCUGCACAUCAAGUCACGGUGUAUGAGCGAUCAGACUUUUGUGGUGAGGUUGGAGCUGCUAUAUCUUGCGCAUCCAAUGGGGGUAAGUGGCUCCACGAAUGGGGAAUUGAUAUGGAAAAAACCAAACCGGUAAUUUUGAAAUCUUUGAUCAAGCAUCGUUGGAAUGACGGCGAAGUGUUCGAAACUCUCGCUUUUGAUGGAUAUGAGAAACACUUUGGUGUCCCCUAUUAUAAUUUCCACAGAAAAGAUAUUCACAGCUCCCUUUAUGACGCAGCUACGAAUGUGAAUCGCGACGGAACUCCUGCUCAAAUAGUGCUCAAUCAUGAGGCUGUUGAAAUUGAUUAUGAAACAUGUUCUGUUACUUUUGAAAAUGGAAAGACUGUUUCGGGAGACAUUAUUCUAGCUGCUGAUGGUAUUAGAAGCCGGACGAAACCCCAGCUUGGAAUUACGCCCGUCUUUGAAAAGGCCGAUUCUUCUUGUAUCCGAGUUUUGUACGACUCUGAAAAAGCAAAGCAAUUAGGGUUACUCGAUUUUGCUUCAAAUGAUGCCAUUGAAUUUUGGGGUACGAACGAAAAUAAGAUUGUUAUGUCACCUUGCGAAAACGGUAGAACUGUUUGCUGCUUGUGCUUUUACAAGUGUAGCGAAAAGUCUUACAACACCUUUAAUCGUAAAGUUUCAUUGGAGAGGCUCCUUGAAGUUCUCCCCGACCUUGACCCUCAACUAUGUCAAAUUUUUAAAGAAUGUGGAUACGAGAUUAAAGAAUGGGGUUUGUAUAUCCAUGAACCUCUUCCUUACUUCUUCAAAGCAAGCAAGUCAGGAAAGAAGGGGGUAGCUCUUGUUGGUGACGCCGCUCAUCCAAUGAUGCCGGAUCAAGCCCAGGGUGCAGUUUCUGCUAUUGAAGACGCAGGCUGUCUCGGAGAAGUCUUUUCUAAAGAGCAUGAUUUAAGUGUCGAAGAAUCUCUCAUGAUCUAUGAGCUGGUUAGAAAAGAGAGAGUAACUAAGAUCCAAGAUGCUUCUUUGAGAGCCAGAAGAAAUUUGAAUGAGCGAAUGGGCUGGAACAAGGAUUUGGCGAACCCUCACAAGCUAUCUCUUGUAGAGGUAUGUGGUUACGAUAUGAAGGAUCACAUCAAACAGGCUGUAAAGCUGAUCAAGCAGAAGCAGUUUGUAACGUAUUCAGCUGAACAAUUUGUACACAUCCUUUCAUAA